AGGAGGAGGAGAGGUCGGAGCCGUCUCCAAGAACCCUUAGAGACCGAGUCCCCGGUGGCAGCGGCGGCGGUGGGGGCAGCGCAGUGGCAGGCGAGUGAGCUCCAGGCGACGGAUUCAUUUGAUCACUCACAGCCUGAAAGCAGUGGACCACAGGAAGGCUAACUGGAAUAUGCUGGUCCUCUGUUUCCUGAAUUAUGAAGAAUUGCAAAGGUUUCACUUCCUGCCAGGUGAAACCUGAUUGAAGAUGUCCAGCAAGACAGCAAGCACCAACAACAUAGCCCAGGCAAGAAGAACUGUUCAGCAGUUACGAUUGGAAGCCUCCAUCGAAAGAAUAAAGGUUUCAAAGGCAUCAGCAGACCUCAUGUCCUACUGUGAGGAGCACGCCAGGAGUGACCCUUUGCUGAUAGGAAUCCCAACUUCAGAAAACCCUUUCAAGGAUAAGAAGACAUGCAUCAUCUUAUAGUGAGAUCAUGAAAACCGUUCCUCGCCUCCUGUCUCAACAAAGAUGAUGAGCAGCUCCUGGAAGAGAUCCACCUGUGGCUUAUUUGGUAACCACUGCUAGUAACUAAAAUGCUCAGAACUUGGAAUGAUGGACUCUAAAGUCUUUAUUUUUUCCAGUUGCCCUUUCUCUAAAAUGCUUCUCACUAAUCUAAUACAGAGUAACAAUCUCUUUUUCCAUUUGGUGACUGUGGUGUUGUAUUGGGUCACUGUUUAGGGAACGCUAUUGUAGGCCUUUUAAAAAAACACAAUUGCACACUUUAAAUAUACAGUGGAUUCAAAUAUGCCAUAAACUGCCUAAGCACCUGUCAAGUUAAAAUGUCAAGAACUUGAAUCCUAAAACCUUUAUAUCUUACUGUGCUCUUAAUAAAGUUUGUACCACCCAGUAUAGUAUAUAAGGAAAGAAGGAUGUUUUGUGUAUAUAUGUAUAUGUAUGCCUAUAUGUAUACACACACCAAUGCUUAUUUCCUUAUUAAAGCAUCCCUCUUUCUAUACCAUCAUUUCCUCAGCUUCAGAAGUCAUCCUUUCUUCUUGAGCUGUGUGUAGAUAGAAUAAAACAUCCUUUUUUGUUUAGUUACUAUAUUUAAAAAAAUGAAUGAACAUCCUAAAGAUUGUAUUCAUGGCAGUUAAGCAAUGCACUCAUCUCUCGUCUUUCCAACUUGUGCUGGGCCUAAAUAGGCUGCAGUGAACUGUGCCAACUUACACUCCAGGCUUCUUGAUCAUGAGUUACCCAUUCAGCAGGAGCCUUUGGGACUUCAUUGUUUCUAAGCCUAGGACAAGGGGAAAGGAAACCUCAGGAGGCCCCUGGGCAGCAACUGUGGUCCUAGGACUCACAGUCUCUCCUGGAUUAGGAUUAGAAACCUCUGGAAAUUCCCCCCUGAUGACUAGAAGAGGACAAACACACUGAGCCCAGUGACAGGCAAAUAACAGCUCUUCUUGGACAAGCCUGUGGCUCAGCCCUCGCCUCUCCUCCCUGGGACCUCUUUUCCCACUCUAGCAUCUGUUUUCAGAGGUAGCAUUCCCCUCCCCAACCCCAGAUGGGCAAAACACAGUGGGCAAGAAACAGACACAAAAUGUAAGCUAACUUCACUUGCCUAUAAAUGCUCCCACAGGGGCCCAAACCAUACAGUAGACCUUGGGUAUUGUCAUUCCAUUUAUAAAAAGUUACUACCAAUGGAAGAUUAAAAAUGUAUUCUUUAAAAAGGAUUUAACCCCAACAAGAAGUUAUCUAAGACAGAUUUUCCAAAUCCUGUAUCAGCUGCCCUUAAAAGCCAGCCAUUUUAAAAAUCUAAUAUCUAGACUUUGAGGAUGGCAUCAACUGACACAUGUAAUCCUCUUCUACACUGCUCAGAUCCAUUCAAUGCUUCUCCAUGUCACACACCUACGUGGCCUUGUGAGCCGCCCCCAGCUCUUCAAGAGCACGUGAAAGCCAUGCACGGCCCCUUCAUCCUGUAUCAUCAGCUGCUGGACUCCGUCACAUGUCCCAUUCCCUAGUAAGCCAUAGGCACCUAUUUAAGAGAGAGGAAGUUUCAUGUUUUCCAAAAGUGAAAUUUAAAAUUUACACCAUCAAGAUAUCUUUUUACUUAAUGCUUCAGUUAAUGAGACAUUCUUUUUUUAAUAAAUAUAUUUUUCUACUGAUCGUUUCAGAACACUAACCUUAUUUUCACUCUUAGCAUGUCUCUUUAAAUAUUUAAAUGCAGCUUAUUACAAAAUAUUUUCAGUAAAUUACUUGAUUAUUUCAUUGUGCACACAUUAUUGGUAGCAAACAUAGCUUAUCUUCUAGUACUGCAACGUGCUCUUUUACCUAUUACUAAACAAAUCAUUUGCUAUAUAUUUGUUAAUAUGCAUGUAGCGGUAAGAAAUAACUUCAAAUUCCAGGAAUUUUUAUUUUAUAUUCACUGGUCAGAUAUAAUAAAAGCUAUGAAUAUAAAUGUCAUGCAACUUCCAGGCAGGUAUACAACAUGUCUAUAAAAAAAAAUAGAAGCAAAAUUCUUUGAUGCUGGACCCGAUAAGGCACAAACUGUAGCCAAAUAUUACCUUACUUAUAACUAGACGUCUAUGUGAGAAAAUAUAAUGUAUGUAUGUGAAAAUCACUUUUAUUUAUAGGGCUCUGUUCUACCUAUGAACCGCAGUGUAGCCAGCUACAGCAGCUGAUUCUCCUGAUGGACAGAUGUCCAGUGUGUGUUAGCAUUUCUAACUGCCACUGUCCUGACACGCUCAGAUACAUAUUGGUAACUUCUUGGAUUCAUUUCCUUGAAACUAGUUAACUCUGCUCAAUAAAUUUUAUUAUUCACCUGCUUCUAUUGGCAGUGAUCUUCUUUUUUUUUUUCAUUCUUAUAUCUUAUUAGUUCAUCAUAAAUCUGUCCAGUUGAGGCCUCAGUGCUGUGGCAACAAUGCUAGAUUAGAAUUUCACACCUCCAAAAUAUUUUGCAGAAAUACCUUUUUCUUAAUUAAAAAAAACUAUAUAUGUGUGUGUGUGUGUGUGUGUGUGUGUGUGUGUGUGUGUGUGUGUGUAUACACACAACCAGUGGGAAUUACCUAUAAACUUUUUUUCUUCAACUAGCAUAUCAGGUUGUUUUUUCAAUUCCUUACCUUAUUAAAAUGAAAAGUGCCAUACUUUACUUUUUAAAAGAAAAUUUUGAUGCCCUUUCUCUCUGUUGAGAUUGUUCUUGUAUCUUAUUGAUGUUUAAACUAUAAGGAAAAAGAGAACUUCAUACCAAGGGUUUAGUAACUUUCAGAGAUACAUAGUCUAGUUUGUAUAGAUGCAGGUGUGCCAAAUUUUCUCUUGAGCUGCCACUGUUUCAGCCAGUAUAUAGCUAAGACUGACUUGCUGCUCUGAAUUUUUGAGAGAUUUAAGAGCCCAAGAAGUGAAUUCCCUUACAUGUCAGCCAUUUCUCCAUGAAAUGAAUUGUAAAAAGUACAUUGAUUUCAUUUAUGCUAGACCUAUUAAUAGGAAAAACUGUAUUGAAUCAAAUUGAAUUAUAUGUGUGAGUCAAGGUAGAGCAGGGACCUAUAGUUGGUGUCCUGGGCCAUUCUGUAGCCAGUCGUGCAUCCUGUGGCUGUGGGAUAUACAGGCAUCCUUCAACUCUGUGGGCCUCCAUUUCUCCAUUUAUAAAACAAGGGGCUGGACAUAGACAGUGGUUGAGAAACCUUUGCGACCUAAGAUGCCUUGGUCCAGUGACCCCACCCCUCUGCUGGUUCUGCCAACGUGUUGGUGCUAUAAGCUGCUUCAGAUACAAAGUGUGUUUGUCUAUAAUAUAUGCUCAUUUAACUGCUUCUCAAAGACCUUUUUGUUAUAUAGUGCUUCUUUUCUAAUUCAAGGACUUGUUUCCUGUAAUGUUAUAUUGCUUUUAGCCAAAAACUACAAACAAGUGUUCUCCUGAUGUCUCAGUAAAUUUACAUUUAAUAUGUCCUUGGUGAGAUUUUAUGAUUUUAUAACAUUCUUUGGCUACUCAUCUGUCCAGCAUCUUAUCUACCUUGACACUGUGAUCAUUGUCUGGAAAUCUGUCCUUUGGAAUGAAUAAAUGCAUCUACUUCACAGCUAGCAUGUACACAGAUUGGAACUUUUCAUUAAAAGCACCAUUGCAUUCUU